UGGACCAAUCAUCUGCAGUAUGUGAGGGGCGUAAAAGGAGGCGUAGACUUUCCUCAGGCUGCUGAAUGCUGAUUGGCGCCGUCACAUCAAAGGCCGUAUUUGAUAACAUUGAGGAGGAAAAAAAUCGGGACAAGACGAGGGCGGUGGCUCGUUAGCGAGAGAUUUUCAAGAAACUAAUAGUGGACUAAAGCGUAUUAAUAAAUCUAAAACAUCAAAGAUUCCUCUACCUCUGCAUCCAGUGCUUCUCCAGUGUUUGAGCUGUCAGGGUGAUGUCAGCUGCCUGCUUUGCGCGCCUGGCAAGGUGCAGUGGUAGUCUUCAUGUGGGACGUAGUGGUCUUUUACAGAUGGCCAUAGCCCCUGUCUCAUUCCAGCAGGACAGCCACCUCCAGUUCACAAUCUUCCGAAGACAACUUUACAGCCCUUCAGGAAAACUACACAGCAACACGCGCUUUGAUGCAGAUAGCAGUGGCAAUCCCACUACUUGGGAUUCAUUUGGCAUCUGGGACAAUCGUAUUGAUGAGCCCAUUCUGCUGCCUUCCAGCAUUCGCUAUGGCAAGCCCAUUCCCAAAGUUAACUUAUCAAGGGUAGGCUGUGCCUCGCUCAUUGGUCAACGCAAGGAAAAUGAAGACCGCUUCCAGGUCUCCCAAUUGAGUGACAGCCUCCUCUACUUUGCUGUGUUUGAUGGGCACGGAGGGCCAGAAGCAGCUGACUUUUGUGAAAAAUACAUGGAGAAAUAUAUCAAGGACCUUGUGGCAGAGGAGUCCAAUCUGGAAGUAGUUUUAACCAAGGCAUUCCUUGAAAUAGACAAAGCUCUUGCAAGGCACCUGCAUUUUUCUCCAAAUGGCUUUGACGCCUUGGAUUUCCCAACUGACAUGACCCAAGCACUUUUGGUUAGAGUACCCGGGAUGAAUGUAGGAAGCACGUCCACUGUGGCCUUGCUGAGGGACGGCAUUGAGCUGGUGGUGGGCAGUGUGGGUGACAGCCGUGCAAUGCUGUGUCGCAAGGGCAAGGCCCUUAAACUCACUGUCGACCACACUCCUGAGAGGAGGGAUGAGAAAGAGAGAAUAAAGAGAAGUGGGGGUUUUAUUACCUGGAAUAGUCUGGGACAGUCAAACGUCAACGGCCGGUUGGCCAUGACGCGCAGCAUCGGAGACUUUGACUUGAAGAACACGGGGGUCAUUGCUGAGCCGGAGACCAAGAGAGUAUCUUUGCACCAUGCUCACGACUCGUUCUUGGCGCUGACCACAGACGGUAUCAACUUCAUUAUGAAUAGCCAGGAAAUCUGCAAUGUCAUAAACCAGUGCCACGACCCGAAGGAGGCAGCUCAGAGAAUAUCCGACCAGGCUCUUCAGUAUGGUUCAGAGGACAACAGCACAAUUAUCGUGGUGCCCUUCGGUGCUUGGGGAAAGCACAAGAGCUCGGACACAAGUUUCUCCUUCAGCAGAAGUGUUGUCUCCAGUGGUCGCUGGGCGUAGUCAGUUGGAUUAAAAGGUUGCGGUCUGCGGACCUAAUUAAUCUGUGCAAUACAAUCGAACAACAGUGCCCUUGUGAAAAAAUUAUAAAAAGUGAGGUGUGUCCAAACAACAAUAACAUGAUAUUUAGAGAAGCAUGAUAUUGAUUAGCCUCUGUGAAGUAAGAGGCACUGAAUUUAUGAUGUGCACAAAAUGAAAAACAUCCUCUUUUAUAAAGAUUUUAUCUACCAGCAAGCCAAUGACCUUAUAGGUGCUUAAAGCUGAGAAGUGUUUAAAUGGCAGACAGGCUUCAUGAUGACAUGAAAGCCGUCACUUGUGUAUAUGUAGCCUGCUCUACAUUAGCCAAGAUUUUAAGACUCGUUUUCUUGACUGUCUGCCAUUUAGAUAAUUUAUCUGUUUAGCUGUAAUGUAUUGAAGCCAUGAGAGGCAAGUAAGAACUUUUUUCAGUUAAAUUUUUUCCCAAGUAUUUUUUUUUUUAUCCGUAAAAACAGGUGGGGGGGAAAUCAGGCACUUUUUUUUUCUCUUUCAAACUGUUGUAAUGCUCAUUUUGGCCACAAGAGACUGAAGUGCACCACUACUCUGUUUUAAAUAGGACUGAAAUUAUUCAGUUUUCUUCCAGGUGAGUUUUAAUUUCUUUAACACAAGCUGCAUAUAUUGUGUGUUAGCAACAUAAAUACCUUUCUUUUUUUCAAUUUAACCAGGUACACUGUUGAGAACAGAUUCUCAUUUGCAACAGCGACCUGGCCAAGAAUAAAGCAUAAAUGCAUAAAUGUGCAAGACAACAUACAGUUGUUUCACUUUCACAAUAGGCUACAAAAAUACAUAUUAUACCAAUAAUAAUACCAAUACCAUUUAGCACGUAUUAAAAUAAAUUUCUAGCCAAAAGAUAGCAAUGACGGAAAAGUUAUAUAAGAAAACAUCCCAUUUAGAACAGAACAUGGGGUAGUGAUACAUUUCAGCCUCUUUUGGCCGAAAUGAGUAUUACAACAACAAUAAACAAACAAAUCAGCCACUAAACAUGUUUAGACAGAUGGGGAAAAAUAUAUAAUUCUGAAAAAAAGGCUUGCAUACCUCCCAGGUCUUCUGUGAUAAAGUUUGCACUUUAUUAUUUCAUGGGCAACUUCACGUUGAUAAGUCACAAUAGUGCAUCUGGAUUUUACCAGUUCUCUAAAGUCUGCAGUCUUUCAAUUUGUCAUUGUCAUUAAGGAUAGGACUACAAGCAUAGAAAACAGUGUGGUAAUAAUUGAACAGCACUUAUUUGUCAAAUGAUAGGAAUUAAUUGAACUCUUGUAUAAGAGUACAACAUCUACUGAAAUGUACAUAAAACGUCACAACUUCUGAAGCAACUGGACUACAAGCAUCAUAACCAAAAUCAGUGAAAAGGUCUUGACGACUGUAUUUCAUAUCUGGAGUUUCCUGUUCAUUGUUUUGGUCAAAGUAUCCAAUUGAUGAAUUGAGCGUUGACGUACAAUUGCACAAUCUUGAUGGUUUGGUGAAAUGAACCCUAAAUGUUCUGUGAUCUAGUGAACUUGUGUUAAUGGAAUGGCUUAAUUCUAUUUAAAUGAGCAGCAUUUCAGUAGCUGAAUCUGACAUUUAUAAAAGAAAUAAUAGGAUAUUCAUGUUUCUUGCAAUUAAGUGUUAAUAUCUGUACUGAUUUGGAACAGGUCUUGUAAGGGCACUAAGAAGUGUUAAGGGUACCGAAAUGUAAAGUUUAUGUUUUGUAAAUAAUUCUAUUUAUGUACAUCUGGAAAACCUAUAGUUUUCAUUUAUUUAAUAACUUGUCUGAAGAAAGUCUCAUAUCAGAAUAUUUCAUAAGCGCAGGACAUUUGCUUAGGUGUACGUAUUGUGUAAAGCUACAUCGUUUGAUUGUAACUCAUUUACACCAUUUGUGUCGCUCAGAAAUAUCAAAGCACUUAAUGCAAUGGAAUUGUUCAGCUAUGAGCAAUUUUUGACAAUGUGAAUGUUUGCUUAAAUGCCCUCCGUGACUAAAAACUAUCAAUCUCUGCAGGGUAUAAGAGUAAUUAAGUUGUCUCUGCUGACCUCAGUGAGUGGAUAUAUUUCCAGUGUAGGGCAGGCUUGAGCCGUUAGAUCCCCUGUUCUGUUUUGUUCACUGUUCUCAUUGUUGUUCUACCUUUUUGAGAUUUACAAAUGUGUAGCCAUCAGUUUGUCCUCAAUCACCGUUAAUAGAGUUUUGUAAAUACAUAUUGAAUGAUACCUUGAUUUAUUACAAUGGUUUAGUCUUAUAACUUACAUCUCCUUCUUACUCAUCUGUUAAAGUUAUCUAUCAAAGUGUGUUUUUAUUUACUUAUUUUGUUUCACUGCCUUUUUAAAAUACUAUCAUUGCAGCCGUGGGCCUGUAUCUGGGACCUAAAUGUGACUGUUUUAACAACACUGUUAGUACUGUGUUUUGGUCUGAAUGGCUUGUUACACUUCAAAUAAAAACUAUACAUCAAACAA